GCGAACGAGCUUCCGCGCGGUCUCAUUCCCGCCUCCAUUUCUCUUUUUCCCCUAUAUUUCUUUCCUCGUCCUCUUCGUCGUGUUCGGUCCUCCGACUACCUGGCAUAGGCCCGUUUAUGCCACCGCGGUACACCUUCGACGUGGACACCUUCGAUCCCAAGAGGAGCCGUUUUGCAGAGGUGGCGUGUGCUGGUAGCGCGACCAGCGAACUGUCAGCGGAAGGCCAAACGCGAUCACGUAGCCGUUCGUAAGUGGCGCGCCACGCGUAUCAGUCGGUCGGCCGAUCGUCGAACGAUUCGGCUGCGUGCUGUUGCUGCUGGUGGACGGCCGGUUCCACACCGUCCACGGCGUCUGAGUUCAACCGACGAGGACCGGAAGUGGUUCGUCGACUUUCCACUUGACCAGGCCAGGCGUUGCGUGACCCCUUCCAGGAAACACCAUGCCAGAUGGACUUUUGAUCCUUCUCGGCGUCGCUCUGAUCGCCUUGACCGAUGCCGCCUCGAUCGGACAUGCCGGCGUCAAGGCCACGGACUGCCAUAGCGAAAUCUACUGCACAGGAGAGCUACUGAAAACGGUGCAGCUCGCUGAGAUCUUCCCUGACAGCAAGUCGUUCGUCGAUCUUCAUCAGAUAAACGAUCCCGAGGUGACUCUGUCCAAUUUCUACAGAUUGAUGAAUGAAACGGACAACAAACCGAGCCGGAGCCAGAUUCGUCAGUAUGUUAAUGAUAAUUUCGCAUCGUCGAGCGAGCUGAUAGACUGGACUCUGCCAGAUUGGACGGAGAAUCCUUCGAUCUUGAAACGCAUCCAGGAAACCAAGUAUCGCGAGUGGGCAAAGCAUUUGAACGAAAUUUGGAAGGAUCUGGCGAGGAAGGCUAGCCCAGAGGUGGCUAAGUACCCGGAAAGACAUAGUCUGAUCUACGUGAAUAAUGGAUUCAUCAUCCCUGGUGGUCGAUUCAAAGAGUUUUACUACUGGGACAGUUACUGGGUGAUUGAAGGGCUGCUGUUAUCCGACAUGUAUCAAACUGCCAAGGGAAUAAUAGAUAAUUUCUUGUACAUGGUGGAGAAAUAUGGGUUCAUACCCAACGGUGGUAGAAUUUAUUACCUUAUGAGGAGCCAGCCACCCCUCUUACACCUCAUGGUCUCGAGGUACUUGGAGAUCACUAGGGACUACGAGUACCUGCGUAAGAUCAUAUCUACUUUGGAAAAGGAGUUCGCUUUUUGGCAACGGGAGAAGAUGAUCGACGUCGAGAAGGACGGGAAAAUAUACAAAAUGGGGCACUACGUCGUUCACAGCACGAGGCCUCGACCAGAGAGUUUCAAAGAGGACUAUCUUAUGGCGCAAAAUUUACCCGAAAAGAUGCAGGAUUUCUUCUAUAACAAUAUAAAAGCGGGUGCCGAAAGUGGCUGGGAUUUCUCCAACAGGUGGUACAUAGGGAACAACAAAAGCGGAAUGCUCAGUUUACUGAACAUCUCCACGCAGUACAUUAUACCUGUCGACCUUAAUGCGAUUCUGCAACAAAACGCCCGGCUCCUCAACGAAUUUCACACUCUGCUGGGAAACAAUGCGAAAUCCCAGUAUUAUAUGAAAAUAGCCGGAGAGCUUCAAAUGGCCAUCGACAACGUUUUGUGGAACGAAGAGAGCGGAAUAUGGCUGGACUACGACGUGAAAAAUGAGAGAUCUAGGAAUAUGUUUUAUCCUUCGAAUCUCACGCCGCUGUACACCAAAAGUUACAAUCGUCUUCAACGCGAACGUUACGCCUUGUCCGCUGUGAAAUAUCUCAAAUUACAGAAAGUAGAUAGUUUCCUCGGAGGUACACCCUCGUCGCUAAAUCAUACGGGAGAACAAUGGGAUUUUCCAAACGCAUGGCCGCCGUUACAAUCAUUUAUCGUAAUGGGUCUCUACCGGACAGGAGUUAGCGAAGCUAUGGAGAUCGCCCAUGAAUUGGCAUCCAGAUGGCUCGCCUCUAAUUACCUCGGUUACGCGGAAAAUGGAUAUAUGUUUGAGAAGUACGACUCAGUCGUGCCUGGCCACGGCGGCGGCGGAGGGGAGUACCACGUGCAGACAGGCUUCGGAUGGACUAACGGCGUGGUCUUGGAGUUCCUCAACACCUUCUCGAACAUCAAGGUGGGAGAAGUGGCGUACGAGAGCGACUUAAACACGGAUAUCGGAGAGUAACAGGUUCCAUCGAUGGCAAUGCAACGCGUAUUUUCCAACGAAUCUAGUCUACACGGAAAAACAGGGCAGCGCGUUAUUAUAAAAACCCACCGUUUGUUCGAUGCAAGUCAAUGUAUAUUUUUAAGAGAAAACCUUUCUCUGCCGUCUAGGGAACGUAAUUGCUUCUUCAGUGGACCAUUAUUCUUGUCCGUUUUAAGAGUAGACGUUUGUAUCUUGGACCAAGACUUACGGAGGAGGAUAUUGCACGAUGCUAUUGUACAAUACCAGCUGCUAUAAUACUAAUUUAUGACGAAAAGGAUAAAACUUAUAGUUAUUAAAUAUCAUAUUUAUUAUUCGCGUGUUAGAUCGUUGAAGCUUCGCUCAUUCGCGGUGUGUUUAUAGAGUUUAAUGAUCGUUGAUAAUCUAAUAGUGUAAUUUACGAAGUGAUCACGCUUACGAGUGGACAUCAGAGGCAACUAAAUUUACAUCGAACGAAUUUUCACGCUAAAUCCACGAAGACUAUGUUUCGGCACAGUCCAAGCGCUCGCUGUGUGCAUCGAGACGAUAGGAUCGAAGAACUUGAUGAAAUUUAAGGACUCGCAUGAAUUUGUCGGUGUCAAUGACAUCGCGUGUUAACUGUAAUUUUAGUCGUAGUCGACAAACGCGUGUACGUAGUGUACACGAAACAUGGGCACAAAAGUAUAUUAAUUGCGCGUGCAACUCGUCAGUAUUCUAAUUUAUCGUUAGUUUUAACCUAAUUAUGUUAGUUGAUAAUGUGUGUCAGAAAAAUAGCAUGCGUUUUCUAUUCGUUUUUCGUGGAGAAUGACGCUGGCGACAAACCUCCGACAUUUUAAUUUAAUCCUCGAACUUUUAGAUGUGUUCACCCACGGAAACGAAUUCGUUUUGUGGAAGAUCGUGUAAAUCUAUUGGCUCGAAUGAGAAUCAGGGAAAAAUUGUUUCAGAGAAA